GUCACAACCAGGAAGAACAUGUACAUCUGGUCUUAUUCUUUCCACUUCUUUCACUUUUAAUUCCGUCACAGAGGAGAGCAGUCUGGACAAAAUGUUAGGAGACAGAAUGAAUACGACUGAAUGGUUUCGUUCAGUCUAUGAACAUGUAACUCUGCCUACUAUUUAUACCUUUGUGUUCAUCAUUGGUCUGGGAGCUAAUGUAUGGGGACUGAAGUCUCUGCUUCAGAAAUGGAAAAGUCUUGGAUACAUUAAUGUGUUCCUUCUGAACCUUGGAAUUGCCAAUUUUUUGUUUCUGCCAACACUUCCAUUUUUAACAGCCUACUACUUUAUGGGGAAUAAAUGGAUCUUUGGAGAUGCCUUCUGCAAGAUCACAAGAUUCUGCUUCAACUUGAAUUUAUACGGAAGCAUUGGAUUCCUCACCUGUAUAAGUGUGCACAGGUACCUGGCUAUUGUCCAUGCAGUGAAAGUGAUGGGAAGGAUGACUGUCCGUAACUCUGUGGCUAUCUCAGUUGUGGUUUGGCUGUUGGUGAGUGCUCAAAGUCUUCCAGACAUGCUCUUUCCCAAAAACUCAACAAAUGGAACUGAAAAAUGUCACCAUACCACCACUACAAAGUAUGUCGAGAAUUACCUGAAAUACAGUGUGGGCUGGACUCUCACUGGGUUUGUUAUGCCCAGUGUUGGUCCAAAGAGGGAGAGAGGAGGAAAGAGGGGAACGUGAGGAGAAAGUACAAGGUCAGGAAGAACCAGGUAAGAAAACAGACAGGGAACAGUGACAGGCACAACAGAAACUAUUAAACUGCUUGAGCGAGUUGACAACCAAAAAGUGAUAGACAGAUUUGCCAACUUCAAGGUAAGGCGACAUAGGUUAAAAUAAAAGAAAAAAAUCUGCAGAGCCAUAGUAGUAUCUGCAGUAAAGAUCUUUUCAUACAUUGUAUACAUUGUACCAUAGGCAAAGUUGCCUCCAUUAUUAUUAUUUUUUUAUUAAUAUUUUGUACAUUUGUACAUUUCAAGGACUCUAUUUUUGGAGUGUAUUUUUUAUAUAUCUGUAUUGUAUUAUACAUACUCAUUAAAAGUGAACCUCUGUCCAAAAAAUGCACUCAGUUUACUUCUCAUUUACUAUGAGCAUCA